GUGCUAUACCAGCUUGCUGAUCAAAUUCUUAUUUAAGGGGACCAAAGAAGCUUAAAACUUACAUUGUAAUAUGCAUGCCAUGGCAUCAAGAUUGGCACCAAGUCUCUUAUUACUCCUCUCCAUUUUCAUCACCUUGUCAUCACCAACCUCAUGCCAUCCUCUAGACCCUCUAACACCAUCCGAGUUCAUCCAUGUCAAAACCGUAGUCCAAAAAUCCUACCCUUCUCAAAACCUGAGCUUCCAAUACGUAGGCCUAGAUGAACCCGAAAAGUCCACCGUCCUCUCAUGGCAAUCAAAACCCACCAAAACCCCGCCUCCUCUUCCUCGCCGUGCCUUGGUCGUUUUACGACUCAAAAUGAAAACCCUAGAGCUCAUAGUCGACAUAUCAACCCGUUCCAUAGUUUCCAAAACUGAAUUUGAUAACAAACAUGGAUACCCUUUGCUUAACAAUGAAGAACAAUCUGUUGCGGCUGAACUCCCGUUCAAAUAUAAACCCUUUAUCCAGUCCAUUAAAAAGAGAGGGCUUAACAUGUCCGAAGUUGUGUGUAGUACUUUUUCAGUUGGUUGGUUUGGGGAGGCCAAAACUAAAAGAACAAUCAAGAUUAAUUGUUUUUACAAAAAAGAUAGUGUAAACUUGUACGUGAGGCCAGUGGAGGGAAUAACAGUCGCGGUUGAUCUGGAUGAGCUGAAGAUCGUUGAAUACAUCGAUAGGUUUGUUGCACCUGUGCCAAAAGCUGAGGGGACUGAGUACCGAGCGUCCAAUCAGAAGCCUCCAUUUGGUCCAAGGCUAAAUGGUGCUCCAGUUACGUCGGGGGACGAAGGGUUCAAGCUCGACGGCAACACUGUUAGGUGGGCCAAUUGGAUCUUCCAUCUCGGAUUUGAUGUUCGAACGGGUGUGAUUAUAUCUCAAGCAUCAAUAUAUGAUCUUGAAAUGCACGAGUACAGGAGGGUUUUGUACAGAGGCUUUGUAUCCGAGCUCUUUGUCCCGUACAUGGACCCCACAGAAGAAUGGUACUACAAAACCUUCUUCGACUGUGGAGAAUUUGGGUUUGGUCUAUCCACAGUAUCACUCAAGCCGUUGACCGACUGCCCAGCCAAUGCCCAGUUAAUGGACGCCUACUAUGCUGCCCAGGACGGCACGCCGGUGAAGAUAUCGAAUGCUUAUUGCAUCUUUGAGAGACAUGCAGGCAACAUCUUGUGGCGCCACACUGAAUUGACUAUCCCAGAUAUAGUGAUCACAGAAGUUAGGGCUGAGGUCACUCUGGUUGUGAGGACGGUUUCAACUAUAGGCAACUAUGACUACAUAAUUGAUUGGGAGUUCAAGCCAAGUGGCUCCAUCAAAAUGGAGGUGGGGCUAACAGGUGUGCUAGAAAUUGAAGCAGUUAAUUACACCCAGAUAGACCAAAUAGAGGAGGAAGUUUUUGGCACAUUGGUGGCAGAUAAUAGCAUUGCUGUGAACCAUGAUCAUUUCUUGACAUACCAUCUUGACCUUGAUGUGGAUGGUGAAACCAACUCCUUUGUCAAGAAUAAUUUUGUGACGAAACAAGCAACGGGCCACAACACACCAAGGAAGAGUUAUUGGAAUAUUGUAAGCGAGACGGCUAAAACUGAGUUAGAUGCAAGAAUUCGCCUUGGUUUGAAGCCAGCUGACCUGGUUGUGGUAAACCCUAUUAAGAAGACCAAAGCCGGGAACCCAUUUGGCUAUCGUUUGAUCCCGGGGGCAGUUGCAGGACCCCUAUUGUUAGAGGAUGAUUACCCGCAAAUCCGCGGCGCUUUCACUAAGUACAAUGUGUGGGUUACACCAUACAACAAGUCCGAAAAAUGGGCAGGAGGAAGACAUGUUGAUCAAAGUAGAGGAGAGGACACAUUAGAUGUGUGGAGCAGCAGGAAUAGGAAAAUUGAGAACAAGGAUAUAGUGUUGUGGUACACAAUUGGGUUUCACCACAAUCCUUGCCAAGAGGAUUUUCCAAUGAUGCCAACAUUGAGUGGUGGAUUUGAGCUCAGGCCAACCAAUUUCUUUGAGAGAAGUCCUGUUCUUAAAGUUAGAACCAUACCUUCUAAGCACCACUCGCCUAAUUGCACCGCCAAAAACUAGCUGGGGACUUUUUAUUUGUCAUGAGUGAUUAAUAAUUCUAAGAGCUUAAUAAGUGAUGUUUUCAUCCCAUUGCAGUUGUAAUUUAUUGCAAGUUUUAAUUACAAAUUAAAUAUCUAGUCCCA